UUUAAUUUACACAGACAAAGUAUACGUAAAAAUGAGUCAAGAACAGCCUAGGAGGCAAGAACAGAUGGAGCCAGUAAAAUAUGGCGAUGUGUUUGGCGUUUCCGGCGAGUUGGCCGACAAGCCCAUCGCGCCUCAAGACGCCGCCAUGAUGCAGAGCGCCGAAACGGCGGUCCUGGGUCAGACGCAGAAAGGCGGUCCAGCCGCAGCCAUGCAGGCCGCAGCUAAUGUUAAUGUGAGGGCCGGUCUUGUGUCGCCGGAUGAUGUUAGUAACCCUGCCGGCGAGCAGGGUGUCACGGUGACGGAAACUGACGUGCCGGGGAGCCGAAUAAUCACUGAAUCUAUCGCUGGCCAGGUGGUUGGACAGAGUGUUGAAGCUAUGCCAUUACCGAAUUACCAAGCAGGAGGAGGAAUAAACAUGAAUAGCGCCCUGCAGGCGGGAAUCACGAUUGGACAAGCGCUGGAAGCGUCAGCACAGGCACUAGGAAACAAAGCGGUGGAUAGGAGCGACGCUGCGGCAAUUCAGGCGGCUGAAGUUAGGGCUACUGGCACUAACGUCAUCACUCCCGGCGGUGUCGCUGCCACGGCUCAGUCGGCUGCUGCUUACAACGAAGGGCUCAUCCGAGACCAAGACAAAGUCAAACUUGGAAAUGUCUUGGCUGAUGCUACACAAAAGUUACCAGCAGAUAAGAUCGCAACAAGGGAGGAUGCAGAAGGAGUGGCGAGUGCGCAGCAAAGGAACAAUUUAGACAUGAGCAGCACUCCCGGUGGUGUGGCGGCAUCAGUCGCCGCCGCGGCAAGACUCAACGAAAGGGGCCUGUGAUCCAUCCAACUGGUGACAAGACCAUCCAGUUUGCUUUCUGCUUCUUUGGGUUAGGGCUUGGGAACAUAUUGUACGUACUAUACGUAGUACUGCAUGUGCUCUUGCAUCUUCAUGUUUUAUGGAAAAUAAUUAUAUAUGUAGUGAUGUUGGCCUGGCGCACGUUUUCCUGCAAUAAUUUUUUCGUUUUAGUUUGUUUUGCUUGACGUACUAAAGAAAGUGUCACGUAAUAUAUAUAUAUAUCUUUCUAAGAA